UGAAGGCACCUUCGAUUCCUUAAUGAGAUCUAGAUUAUUCUUUGCUCUUUUGAUUAGGUUAUCUUGUAACUAAAUAAAACCUAACCUCUCUUGUCUCAGCCUCCAAAGUCCCCAUUACUGAUCAUUAUAGUAAAAAAGAGUGUGACAAUCAAUAUAUUUAUGUAUAAUAUAGGUUUCUACUUAUGGUGAUGUUAUGAUCUGGAGUUUUUCUUCUCUUUACAUUUAUAUUUUCUAUUACCAACAUCUUGAAAAUGAGAAAUCAAUUUUGGAUUUUUCUAUUUUCUCUGGUUCUACUAAACUUCAUAUCCCAAGUACGAUGUAAAGCUACAAGACCGGUAACUAUGAUCCGACCAGAGUCACCGAUUCGGCCUGAAGGUAAUACGACGUUCUUGGAUGGAACAACAUGGUGUGUGGCUCGACCAAGUGCGUCUCAGGCUGAGCUACAGAGAGCUCUUGAUUGGGCAUGUGGUAUUGGGAGAGUUGAUUGCUCAGUCAUCGAGAAACAUGGUGACUGUUACGAGCCGGAUACGAUAUGGUCGCACGCAUCCUUUGCGUUUAAUGCGUAUUAUCAAACCAAUGGGAACAAUCGCAUCGCUUGUUACUUCGGUGGAACAGCUACACUCACCAAGAUAAACCCGAGCUACGGAACGUGCUCCUAUGAUGUAUCCAAAUCGGAAGUCUCCUCCGCAAGAUCUCUAGCAGAGUACAAGCCACGGUGGAUGUGGCUGAUGUGCAUAGGACUUUUAUUGUUUUUAUAUCGGCGAAGCUAACAUCUUCACCGAAAAAAAAGCCAAUAUUGGUCAAAUAUAUCAGUUGUGCCAGAAUAUUUUUCCUAAGAGAAAAGGUUGCAAAGAUUUUGUGGUUUUCUAGCAGUUAAGCUUUAUGUUUAGUUCUUCGCUUUCCUCUUGGGUUUAGAAUCUUACAAAACCCUUUUAUAUUCCUUCCUUAUUGUUACGAAAGGUUUAUUUUCAUGUUCCUUUAAUAAUAAUAUCAUAAAUAGCUUUAUAUAAACUCCAGUUGUGAAAUGUAAUCAUUUUUUUCUUUCAAACUUAAACGAAACGAUACGUUUGUGACUC